CGGUAGCGGCCGCUUCCCCGCAAAGUGCCUCCCCGCGAAUCGUCUACCGCAGCCGUAGCCGUGCCGUUUCUAGGGACCAGCGCAGGUCCUCCAUCUUUUAGCUAGUGAAUAUUAACGGGCUGGGGGCCACCUUACUCCGUAUUCCGUAGGCCUACAUGUCCCCAGAAGGGAGCGUCAAGGAUCAAUUCCCCGUGCUAUCAAGUACAAAUCCGGGGCAUGUCUUGCUGGAAGCUGCUUCUUCCUCCUCCGUCUGUUCUCCAUUCUGUGUCACUGUAGACUGCUCUGUGAUUACCUAUCCAUAGCGGUCGGAUAUCGUGUCGUACCCUAUCACGACUGUCACUUACAUCACCUGGUAUCACCAUCACUCCCUUUCUUUCAUUCACUCCAUCAUCAUCAUGGCGCCCACUGGACCCAUCACUACUCCCAUCACCACCCUUUUGGGUAUCCAGCAUCCCGUCCUCCUCGCUGGUAUGGCGCGCACUUCGGGAGGUCGCCUUGCUGCAGCGGUGUCCAAUGCGGGCGGCCUCGGUGUCAUUGGCGGGUUCCAGUACACGCCUGACCAGCUCCGCGAGAUCAUUGCCGAGAUGAAGGCAAACUUCAAGAACCCAGACUUGCCAUUUGGCGUCGACUUGGCGCUGCCACAAAUCGGAGGCAAUGCGCGUAAGACGAAUCACGACUACACAGGCGGCAAGCUGGACGAGCUGAUUGACAUCACCAUCGACAGUGGCGCCAAGCUGUUCGUCAGUGCCGUCGGUGUACCACCCAAGUACAUCAUCGAGAAGCUUCACAAGAACGGCAUCUUGGUCAUGAACAUGGUGGGACACCCGAAACACGCGGUCAAGGCGCUGGAUCUCGGCGUGGACAUUGUAUGCGCCCAGGGUGGCGAGGGAGGCGGUCACACAGGCGACAUUGCCAACUCAGUGCUGAUCCCAGCCGUCGUCGACGUAGCGAGGAAAUACAAGCCUCCCAUGCUCAAGGGCUCGACGGCUCUCGUCGUUGCAGCGGGAGGAAUCCGUAAUGGACGAAGUCUGGCCAGCUCGCUGAUGCAGGGAGCGGUGGCCGUGUGGGUGGGCACACGCUUCGUGGCUUCAGAGGAAGCUGGGUGCAGCCAGGCCGCCAAGGAGGCCGUCGUGACUUGCGGCUUUGAAGGCACGGAGAGGACGCUGGUGAUUACAGGACGGCCGUUGCGGAUGAGGGCGAAUGAGUACAUCAAGAGCUGGCAUGACCGACCUGGCGAGAUCAAGGCGCUGUGCGACAAGGGAAUUGUGCCGAUGGAGCAUGAUUUGGACGAGGGCAGAGAUGUGGAUUUUCCGCACUUGAUGGGACAGGUUGCGGGCGCGAUUGAGAAGAUUCAGCCUGCUGGGGAGAUUGUUGCUGAGAUGGUGGAGGAGGCGGUUGAGAUGCUCAAGCUGGGAGGAACGUAUUUGACGGCCAAGAGUCGAUUGUAAUGAACAUGGAAUGAUGAUGAAUAUAUAAUGAAGAAGGAAAGGAGCUGUUUAUUAAUCUUGAAUAAGAACCAUAUCUUUUGGUGCCG